AUGACCGUUCCAACCAAGAUUGAACCCAAGGAUGUUCAGGCCCAUCUGUCCCAAUUCAAGGGCGACAGCUAUCGCGAUGGCUGGGCUUCGCUCUGGGAUAAGGGUGAAGGCCUACCUUGGGAUAAGGGUUUCCCUAACCCUGCAUUGGAGGAUGCCCUGGUCCAGCGCCGAGGCACCAUUGGCGGGGCUAUCGCCCAGGACGCGCAGGGCCAGUCGUACCGUCGAAAGGCCCUGGUCCCUGGUUGCGGCAGAGGUGUUGAUGUUCUGCUGCUGGCUAGCUUCGGCUUCGAUGUCUAUGGUCUUGAGUACAGUGCCACCGCAGUGGAGGCUUGCAAGAAGGAGGAGGCCGAAAAUCACAGCUGGUACCGCGUUCGGGAUCAGAAUGUCGGCCAGGGAAAAGUUACCUUUGUGCAGGGCGACUUCUUCGAUGAUGCUUGGCUGCAGACAAUUGGAGUGCCCCUGAAUGGAUUUGAUAUUGUUUAUGACUACACGUUCUUCUGUGCUCUCGAGCCAUAUAUGCGCCCUAAAUGGGCCUUGCGACACACCCAACUUCUGGCUCCUUCACCGGCAGGUAACUUGAUCUGCCUGGAGUUCCCUCGCCACAAAGACCCUAAGGCACCUGGCCCCCCUUUCCCAUCAUCGUCAGAGGCAUACAUGGAGCACUUGAGCCACCCUGGAGAGGAUAUCCCCUACAACGACCAGGGUCUCAUCAAGCAGGACCCCUUGCGUGCGCCGAGCAAGGCUGGUCUCGAGAGGGUGGCUUACUGGCAGCCCGAGAGAACCCACGAGAUGGGCCAGGAGAACGGAAAAAUCGAGGACAGAGUCUCCAUCUGGCGUCGACGUAACUAG